CAACUGCUCAUAGAACCAAAACCCCUCUCCGUCACCGCGGUGGCAACCUGCCGUCAUCGCCAUCGCCGCGUGCGUUCUCGAACGUUCUUGUGGCCUAGAAAUACACGUUUCCCAGGCCGGCGACGCCGACGCCGACGCGGUCACGCCUUUUUUUUCAGCCGGCUGGUUCACGUGCUCGACGACGGCGAGCGUCUGUCUAGGAGCAAGAUGGAUGGGAACAGGAUAGCUCGGUUUUCGGUCACCUGGAGGGGCAGCCAACUUGAUGUGGAUGCGGAUCCAAGUUGUACCGUGAAAGAGUUUGGGCAACUGUUGCAGGACUUGACUAGUGUUAGGCCAGAGACGUUGAAGCUCAUUGUUCCACGAUCUACAAACAAAGGCUCCAAGCUGAUCAUGCCAUUUUCGGAUGCACAUUCGAGAUUGACACUGAAUGGAGUGGGUAUUAGCGAGGGAAAACCUAUCCGAAUGAUGGGAGUUUAUGAUGAUGAAAUCGAGGAGGUAUCCGACAAUGGCAAAAGACCUGACCAACGCAUUAUUGGAUUUGAUGAAGAAGAACAGCGGCUUAGGCAAAGAUCAUUAGGCAGGCCACAGAUUUCACUCAAACUUCCCCAGGGACAAUACAUCUUCUGCGAUUUUCGGACGCUUCACUUACCUGGGAUUGAGCUGAAUCCUCCACCUUCGGAAGCUCUGAAACGAAUGCACAUGCUUGCAUGCGACCCUGGUGUAAUUGCGAUCAUGAAAAAGCAUAAAUGGAGAGUCGGAAUCAUGACUGAGAUGGCUCCUGUUGGAUAUGUAGGCAUCAGUCCAAAAUGUAUUUUAGGUUUCAAUAAGAACAUGGGAGAGGAGAUAUCUCUUCGCCUGCGAACUGAUGAUUUGAAGGGAUUCAGGAAGUAUGAAAGUAUCAAGAAAACUCUACUUCAUGAGCUUGCACAUAUGGUGCACUCUGAACAUGAUGCAAACUUUUUUGCCCUUAAUAAGCAGUUGAACGAGGAAGCUGCUUCCAUGGACUGGACCAAGUCUACAGGUCAUAUGUUGAGUGGUCGUAAAAUCUUCGAUUCAUAUGAAGAGGAAUUUGUUCUAGAACCAGAGAUAACUGUUGCUGGUCACAGGCUCGGGGGAGAGUCAAGUUCGCUUGCUAGCGCUCGUGCGUUGUCUGGAGCUGCUGCUUACCAGCGUUUUCUGAAUGCAUCUGCAAAUGUGGAUCAUGCUUCAGGCACUAAAAUUGAAUAUAGUUCUGAUGAUGUUCCUCGAGGUUUUGUUCAUGAAACUGUGAAGGUAGAGCCAGAUCCAGAUUAUGCUAUGCAUGUGGAUUCAGCAGCUGGGCUAUCAUUUGCAGGGCAGCAUACUAUUGGUUACUCUGAUCCUAAUCCUGACGAUGUUGGCAAGCAAAGUUUUGAUAGAUGCCUAGAACCUGAUCCUGAUGAUUCCUCAAAUGCUAAUAAUCUGAACCAGGAGCUGAGGUUUGAUGUAAGACACCUUAGUGAACCUGACCCUGAUGAUGGUAGUAAUGAAGUUCUGGAACAUGGAAACACGAUGGAAAUGGAUAGUGAACUGACAAACCACAUCACAGUUGUGAAGUAUGAACUUGACCCUGCUGAUUCCUCAAAUGCUAACCAGGAGUUGAUCAUUGAUGGGAAGCAUGGUGAAGAACCUGAUCCUGAUGAUACUUGUCAAGAUGUUUUAAAAUCUGGUAAUGGGACAGAAAUGAUAACAGAACAGAGUGGAAAUUCCAUGGUUCUGAAAGCUGAACCUGAUCCUGACGAUCAUGUUGGUGACUCAAACAUCAAUGAGCUGCAAAGGGUUGAAGAACCAGUGAGAGCCCUCUGUUCACGACUCCAGAAGUCCAUUAAGAUGCUUCGGUUGCAAGCAACACCUGUAGAGGCAGAGUCUGCUAUUCAAACUCUCUUUAAGAUUAUCAAGAAUGUUAUAGAGCAUCCAAAUGACAUUAAGUAUAAGAGAUUGCGUAAGUCCAAUCCACAUUUCCAAAGGAGCUUAGCAAACUAUAAAGCUGCAAUGGAGGUUCUUGAAUUGAUUGGUUUCUGCGAGGAUGUAAUCUCAGAUGAGGUUGGGCGUGCUGAGACUUACCUGGUAUUGAAAAGGAAUGAUCCUGGAUUGCUAUGGCUGGCAAAGUCCUCCCUUGAGGUCUCUCUGGCUUGAUAAAAUUUGAUACAUCAUUCAUGGUUGCUAUUUUUCGUCGUGAAUAUAUUUGAUUGUUUGUACAAGAGAGCUAGCUAUUGGCAUGCACCAUUCUCCUGUAUGGGGACUGUUGUAUACUUGCAUAUGAAUACACAAGAAUGUAAUGCCACAUUCAACUUUAUGCUCUUUGUUUGCGUUAUCUGUGCCUUCGUCUUGGAUGGCUUUCACUCCCAUAGUCCCAUGUGAUGCACAACAAUGUACCGAGUGUGACUGAUUCAGGAGUUCAUUGUACUUGAAUUUCCAGAUUAUGCUGCGUUUGAAGCAGACAGAAGGAGCAUUUUUUUUC